AUGACAGAUUAUAAGCCUACAUGUAAAAAUUGGCUAAAUAUUAGUAUUAAUUACUUGGCUCCUACGAACCCUGAGGGACAUAUGCACAUUCACACCGGCGAGAGACCUUACCACUGCAACGAGUCUUCACGAGCCUUCAGCCAAAGAUCUCAUCACAUAACUCAAAUGCGCACUCACUCCGGUGAAAGACCUUACCAUUGCAACGAGUGUUUACGAGCGUUCAGUAAAAAAUAUAAUCUCACAACUCACAUGCGCAUUCACUCUGGAGAAAGACCUUACCACUGCAAUGAGUGUCCACAAACCUUCAGCCGAAAAUAUACUCUCACAGCUCAUAUGCGCAUUCACACUGGCGAAAGACCUUACCACUGCAACGAGUGUUCUCGAGUCUUCAGCCAAAAAUCUCAUCUCACAGCUCACAUGCGCAUUCACUCUGGAGAAAGACCUUACCACUGCAAUGAGUCUCACAUGCGCAUUCACUCUGGAGAAAGACCUUACCACUGCAAUGAGUGUCCACAAACCUUCAGCCAAAAAUCUACUCUCACAGCUCAUAUUAUGCGCACUCACUCCGGUGAAAGACCUUACCACUGCAACGAGUGUUCUCGAGUCUUCAGCCAAAAAUCUCAUCUCACAGCUCAUAUGCGCAUUCACACUGGCGAAAGACCUUACCACUGCAACGUGUGUUCUGAAACCUUCCGUGCAACUAACAUCGACAUGAAGUUUGGCCACGAUAUAAAUAAGGCAAAGUAUAGACCAGACGGCAGUAUUCACAACGCUACGGAAGAAUUAAAACUCACGAACAUUCUGCUGUUCAGAGGAAUUCCUGAACUCUAA